AUGCCCGUUUUCACUGCAAAUAUUCCAGCAGUGCUUAAAAUAGGAGACAGGAUUGAAAUAGGUGGUAAAAUUAAGGAAAAUGCUCGAAAAAUGUCAGUAAAUCUUUGCACGCAAGAGGGCGAAGAGCCAAGAGACGUGGUCCUUCACUUUGACGUACGUUUUCACAGAGACAACAUAAUUUCACUGUCAAGGAGAAACGGCGUCUGGAUCGGGAGUGGGAACUUAGACACAAAUUACAACAUGUUUGUACCUGGUACAAUAUUCCGAAUAGUCUUUGAAGUCAAGGACACGGAUGUAAUAACUAUUUACUGCCAAGGGAAGUUCCAUUCUAACUUCUUACCAAAGAUCCCUCUCACCAUGGCGAGGUACCUCGUCGCUUGGGCUGACGUAGAAAGAAUUACACACUGCUAUUUCCAUAUGUCUGGGAAGGGUGUAGGAGAUGAAGUAGCUACUGGUGUUGCGCCAUCGCAUUCACCGCGGCCAGGAAUAACGCCACUCGUCGGAGAUACAAAAAGAGGCAGUCCAAGACCAAAGAAGUAUCAAGCUUCUCCUCAUUCUUCAAACGAAAGUUCGGAUGACGAUCAGAAAUCGCCAGCAAAAUCAGUCCGCGCGGAUAAAUAUUUUUAUGACACGUUAAUGUGUCAACCACCAGAACAAAAAUACGGUUCACCGGAAUCAUUAAAAUAUCAUCGUGAUUAUAGUCAAGGAAAAAAUAAAUUAGAUAAUCGAAAAUACAGAGAUUUAUCGGAUACAGAUAAAAAUGAUACCGAUGUAUCCGAAGAGGUUGCGUCAAAAAAUAUUGAUUCAUCUUUGGCUGAAUCGGAUGACAUCUUGCCCGAAAUGGCUAUGAAAAAAAGAAUAAGACGCGGGAAAUUUGCUCCGUUCGCUCAAGUUGUUAAUUUUAUGGGGAAAAAUGCUAAAAGGAAUUAACAAUUGCUUAAAAACGUUUUAAUUACAUUUGUUUUUUAUUUAUGUUGUGGUUUGUUAUAAUUUCUGUGAUCAGUGUAAGUAAAGUUAGGAUUGAAAAUA